GGAGUUCGAGCGAGGAGGCAGUUGUCGAGGUGAAAAAGGCCUAGGCCGUUCUGGGUAUGAAGUGGUUUGAGGGAGCGUCGGGUCAAACGACGGCAGAGAGCCUGCCGCAGCAUUUUUGGAGUACGUAAAAUCCAAUUCAACUUCAGAGUGCUUCUAUCCAGACAGCCGACUGCUCCAUGUCCCAGACAGCCCACACCACCUUACCUGCUCCAGGCUGCCCCUGCCAUCUGCGGUGCAGGAUAAGCAACAUCGGAGCUAAUCAAAAGGAUGCGUGCUCUUGUACCCCGCGCGGGAAUAGGGCAGAGUGCCGCACUGCCAGUAGAACCGAUGCAGGGUUACUUGCGGCGGCCUACAGAUUGGAGAUCCAAACGGCACAUGAAACGGGGAAGAAGCCGAGAUGCGGUGUUAUACCAUGCAAUACGUUAGCGAGCCUGAGUCAUCUUCUCCUCCUUAGUCUGCUUAGAAGAGGAUGCGGAGGAGCGGAUGUUGUGAGCAAGCACAAGACCACGUUGCCUAGCUUAUCUCCGGGUGAGAAAGACUUCCUGGUAGCUAACUUUAUUGUGUGUGUGUGUGUAGGUCGACGUCGUCAUGUCCGGGACACCCUGGUCGGUGUUCCCUUCAACUUGGUGCCACAUUGCCUGCUUUCUCAACAGAGAGCCACGAAAUCCGAUUCGCUGCACUCGGUUAGUGAGCUCCAAAGCUGAGGAGCGAACGUCGAGGACUCGAGGAGCUAAUGCAGCUGGUGAUCCAACCUCCCCGCCUCGCCAAUCUCUUGGGCUUCCCUUCGAUGCGUCGCAGACGGUUACCAGAUCCGUCGCAAUACAGGUCUCCAAUUCAUUGGCCAACGCCCGGCUUGUUGAGCUGCGUCUGCUUUAUCUGUACUCAGCACAUUGGCUAAAC